AGUCAGCCCCUGGGGGCCCUGGAGGGGCGGGCGAAGGGGGAGCCGCUGCCGCCGCCGGGCCUGAUGUCCGGCUCCCUCUCGUCGGGCCCGGCCUGGAGGCCUUCCCCGGCUCCGGGCUCCGGCUGAAGGCUUCCCGAUGGUGCAGCUGCUGGCGCUGGUCUGGCGGAGGCUGCUGAGGAAGCGCUGGGUGCUGGGCCUCGUCUUCGGCCUCUCGCUCAUCUAUUUCCUCAGCAGCACCUUCAAGCAGGAGGAGAGAGUGCUCUGGGACCGAAACAUCCCCCCCUCACAAGACGAAGACCACCCGAUUGCAUGGAAAGUCCAGUUCAGCCCAGGGAACAGCAGUCAGCAGGGGAACCAGUGUCGAAAUUCUGUCCAAGGGAAGCUGCUGAUCACAGAUGAACUGGGUUACAUCUGUGAAAGAAAGGACGUCUUGGUGAAUGGUUGUUGCAACGUGGAGGCGCCCAAUACAAAGCUGUACAGCUGCGACAGCUGCCUGUCAAAUGGAUGUUGCAGCGUGUAUGAGGCAUGCGUUUCCUGCUGCCUUCAGCCCAACAAGCAACAGGUCCUGGAAAAUUUUUUGAAUCGAGCAGCUGUGGCCUUCCAGAACCUAUUCAUUUCAGUUGAAGAUCACUUUGAGUUGUGUCUGGCAAAAUGCAGGACCUCAUCACAGAGCGUCCAGCAUGAAAACACCUAUCGGAACCCAAUUGCCAAAUACUGUUAUGGGGAGUACCCCCCUGAUCUUUUGUCUGUGUGAAAGUUGUUGAAUAAGCUGGUACCAAUGUGAGAGAAAUGGAAUUGCAACAAAAGGAAGAGCGACAUCACAGCUACCUUUGCUUUGACUUGCUUCAUACUCCAGGAUUUGAUUUCACCUCAUGGAAGACCUUUCCCUGAACAGUUGACAUCUCCGUUCUGUUGAAAAAUGGAAUCAGGACGCUGUGUCCCAAUCAUUGGAUCCAAAGGACCAUAGUCAGACAUAACAGGUCUGGUCAGUCAAGUUCCAUGUUGAAAGACAUUUGUAGAAGUUAUAUCUCUUGGCCUGUUUUGGACCAAUGGACAAAUGCAGCGCGGAAGAAAGACUGCAAACCCAUUAGGUGGGAAGAGCAUGCUAUCCUUUGUGUAGGACAAUAGCUUUUAUGUAAAUAUUAUUUAUUGAGAUCAUACAGUAUUGGCUUAAGGUGUAUUUGAUUUCCUGAAGCAGGGUGUCAGGUGUGAAACAAAAAACAUUUAUUUGGGAUGAAUUGUCCUAGACUUAAGUCAACUUGUCCUACAUGUGUGCCAUUCUUGGACAUGUCAGCAAGGAAUUGGCAAACAGCACUUCAUCCCAAACCCUAUUUUCUAACAUCGUUGUGGAGGAAAGGAAGAAUUUCUGCAAAUUUUAAUUUGGAAAUUAAUUAAUUGGAUGUAAUUAUGGUUUUGGCUGUUGUGGUCUGUGUAUGGCCUUCAGUACAUUGAAAGAAAAUGCUUGUGGCUUUUCGUUCAGUGUUGUGCUGCUCAGUGGGACAAGGUAGUAGCCCAAGAUGCUAUGCUGCUCUCAGUGGUUCUAAGGUAACUGAUGAAAUUUCCCAAAUGUGCAGAAUGCUCUACGCUUGAUCCUAAUCAAAGAAGACUUUAUUAACUACAUAAUGGUAAACCAGGAUAUGAUUAGCUGUUGUGUCCAAAUCUCAGCUGGGUUUUUUUGUCAUUUUCCUCCCAGUUCAUAGGGAUGAGGAAGGUAAGGAAAUGGGGAAGUAAGUCCCCUCUAAACACAUCCAGUCAGUAAUAGACACAGAUCUUAGGCAUUACCCAGUCAGAGAUGACCAGCUAGUUCAUCCUCACUUUAUAAUUCUUCAGCAACACAAUCUGGAGCUGUUGUGCUUGAAAAGGAAGCUGUACAAGGUCCCACAGGGUUUCCUAGAGGUAGCCAUGACUCCUACCCAUGCUAUUAUCAGUGGUAACAAAUGAAAAUGACAAAAAUAAAAUAUACUAUUUCUAA